GUACAAUUUUUUCAAUUGGUCAAGUAGUACAUUAUCGAUUAUUAUCCGUAUCGUACAGUUCAGUAAUAUAAACGACAACAACGGUUUUAAAUGGAAAUAUGAGGAAUUUUUGUUACAUCUUCAUUUUAUUACUACCAUUCGCUUUUACAGAUUCCUUAGUUAAAAUUACUAGAUCGGAUAGGAAGAUUUAUUUAAAAGAGGGUGAUCAACUGCAGUUGGUAUGUCAAGUUACGGGUGAUGCGACAGAAAAUCCGAAAUUAAAAUGGUACAACAUGAAUAAGAAGGAGGUCACCAAAACUAAUAAUAAUGAAGAUGCUUUUAUCCUUUCAAUGGCUAAGAACCAGCUGAUUCUUUUUAUAAAAGGACUAGAUAAGCAAGCUGGCAAGUGGUCUUGUAAGGGAACUAUUGCUGGGGUCACACAUUCAGAUGAGAGAAUAAUCGAUAUUUACAAAGGAAUAUCAUUUGAUGGUUGUGACGAAUUUCAAUAUCCGAAAGAAGGUAAAGUUGGGCUUAUUAGAUGUAAAGUAAAAGGAAGCCCUCCCCCAAGUAUAGUUUGGUUUAAAAAUACUGCUAGCCUGAAUACAGCGGGGAAAAAAUAUGCUGAUACUCGUGAUGGAUUGCGCAUCAAUAACUUAGAGAGCCCGGAGGACGAUGGUACCUAUACACUUAUGGCGUCUACAGAUAGAGAGACGAAAACGAAAAUUUUUCGUAUUACUGUCUCUACUCAGCCCAAAAUUACUGAAGGUUUUCAAAACAAUAUGAAAUUGGCACAUAGGAAAAAGAAAACGUUCAUGUGUAAAGCAGAAUCAAGACCUGAUGCUAAAUAUCUCUUUUAUAGAAAAAAAUCCGAAAUAUUUGAACCGAAUUUGGAUCCAAACAAAAUGAGACCUCUAGGCUCAUCUGAUGAUUAUGUUGUUGAUGGAGACAAGGGCUUCAUACAGUUUAAUAGCCCUGUUUUUGAGGAUACAGGUACAUAUCUUUGUGUCGCGAAAAAUCAAGCCGGAUCUGAUUCCUCGUACGGUUUCAUAAGAGUGCACAUGAGACCAGAUUAUGUUGAAGUAAGACAACCAUCUAACGCCAGAGAAAACGCAAAAGCAGAUUUCAGAGUUACGUUUAGAGCCUACCCAUUUCCCGAAGUAAUUUUUCAAAAAAGGCAUAAUCCAAGUGUGAAAUACGAGCUGGGUAAAAGCUAUGAGAAUGGUAGAAUAAAGGUUGAGAAAACGGAUGCAAGAACGGUUACUUUCAAACUGGACAAAGCUUCGUGGAAGGAUUAUGGUAAUUACUCAAUUAUACUGAGAAAUGACGAAGGAAAGGUGGUAAAGAAUGAAACUCUGAAAAUAAGAUUUCAGCCUCAAAUGAUCUCAAAAGAUACAGUGGUCUAUGCGUGGGCUGGGGCUGUAAGAAAUUUAACUUGCGAGGUUAUAUCCUAUCCCGAACCGUCAAUUUUCUGGUAUAGAAAAGACAGGGACAACGAUAACAAACAAAUAAUGAGAAGAUUAGAAAGUAACGAGACACUCGUCUUGUACCCUUUAGAAAAAAAGAUUGGAGGUAGAUAUUUCAGAAAUAUUCAAGUUCGUGUAAGCAUUCAGGUAGAAACUUGGGCAUUCUACGAUCGUUUCUAUUGUGGGGCAUCCAACAAACAUGGGAAAGCUGUAAAUUCUACCGUAAAAUUAGAAAGAGCUGAAAAACCUGGACCGCCGAAGAAUGUAAGAGAGUUGGAGGUUACACCGACGACUGUAACUCUAGCUGUCGAUCCACCUGAUUUUGAUGGCCAUAUACCAUUAACCGGUUACCGGGUUUCUUGGCACAAUAUGCAUUUGGUUUUUAAAUUACCUCGUGCUGAAGAUCAAAAACUUUACAUCGAAAAUCUUAACCCCGCUACAACUUACACCUUCAAAAUUCAAGCUGUUAAUCGUGUUGGCCCUGGAAAUGAUAUUCAAUUAUCCAUUCAAACGCAUACUUCUUCUGCACCGAAACCAAUCGUUAUCCGAGGCGAUAGGAUUAGUGUUGAACCGUACAGUUACGAAGCCAAAUGGAAAAAUCCGCAAACUGGAGGUUCGCCAAUAACUUGGUAUUACUUCCAAUAUAGAGCAGUGGAAAUGGAUGAUGAAAGUAAAAAUGUCAUAAGAGGCCGAACUAACUACAAGGAAAAGAAAGUUAAGGAUAAUAGAUUAAGACCUAUGACUUCUUAUACACUCACCCACCUGCAAGAGAAUACUUUCUAUGAGUUAACGAUUAAAGCUGAAAACAAUAUUGGUAUUAGUAAGAUCAGUGACGAAUUCAUCUUUCAAACAAGAACAGCAAAAGGCUACGUUGGAUCCAAUUCAAAUAAGGCUACUUUACACUCAACCCUCAUUCUCACUGCACUACUACUCUUCAUUUUUAGGGGAAAUUUUUAACCAUAAAACAAAUAUCUUGUACUUUUUUUUUUUUUAUUUUUUUUUAUUUUUUUUUUCCUUUUUCUGUUAAAAAAGCAUGUUUUACUGAAAGAGAAAAAAAAAAUACUGUUGGCUUUUUUCUUUUUUUUUUAAAAAAAAAAGUUGUUUAUAUUGUGCUUUUUAUUGUCACAUUCCAAGCUUUUAGCUUUAUGGUUUAUCUCUUUUUUUAAUCCCAAUACUCUUAGAGAAACUUAAACAGCUAUUAUAUUAUUAUACAAGAAUGAAAUAAUCAAAAAUAUCAGUUGUCAUUCUUUAUAUAAAAUACUGUAUAUAUUUUUAAUAUAAUCGUUUUGUUUUUUUUUAACUUAGUCUUUUCAUUUUGUCUUUUUAUUGAUAAAAUGAAAGGAAAAAUCAAAAACAAAAAAGUCAACAAAAUGGAGGAAAAAUGAAAAAAAAAAAACAAAACAAAAAUUCGGCAGAAAGUACUAAAAGCUCAAGAAAAAAUUAAAAUAUCAUUUGAACAAUCAUUUUAACCUUGUAGAUUAUUUUAAAUAUUAAUAAGUUUUUCUUAUUUUUAAUAAUUUUACUUCUUAUAAAUUAUUUUAUUAAACUUUCUCUUUAUUGUUAUGUGUGACAUUAGGUGAAAAGUCUGUAGUAUUCUAUUUAUUAUGACAUAUAUAUAUAUAUAUAUAUAUAUAUAUAUAUAUAUUAUAUAUACAUUUACAAUUAACGAAAUACAUACUGUAUAUAAGGUAUAUAUACAUAAUAACAAAUUAGUCUUUGAGAUAUUUGUAAACUGAGAAAGUAGAGGAACCUGCAUAUUUGUAUUUAUCCUUAAGAAAACGACAAACCUUUUAAUGUAGUAAAAGUUAAUAUAUUAAUUGUUUGGAAAACCUUUUGUUAACUUGCUAAAAGUUGUUUCGGUCUCCUGUUGUGGAUUGUUAACAGUCAUUUAAACCUUUGAAUACGUCAUCGAGGGUAGUAGAUAGAGUACGUGUACAAUGAUAGAUGAUCAGUUUUCAAAGACAAUUUCCUAAUAUUAAUGUUUUAUUUAAAAAAGAAACGAUUUUGUAAUAAUUUCCAUAAGUGUCUGGUACUAUCUCAUGAUCAUGUUUACAUUUAUUCAAUACAUAUUUAGAAGGAAAAACAUAGAAAUUUUUAAAGAUUUCUACUCUAAUAAAUAUUUCGUUUAAACGAAA